AUGGCGAGUUCAACGACGCCGCGGCGCACGCACUACGAGACGCUGCAACUGCCGCCCUCCGCGUCCGCCGACGAUAUUAAACGGCAGUACCAGAAACUGGCCUUGGAGUAUCACCCCGACAAAGCACCGCCAACCUUCUCGCCCGCCGCCCUCACCCAACGCACGCACGCUUUCCGCACCAUCCACGCCGCCUACGCAACUCUACGCGACCCGGCUCUGCGUGACGCCUACGACGACAGACUGCGUUCUGGAGCAGCAUCCACGGGAGAUGGGAUUGUGCAUAGCGAGGUGGAUCUGGAUGAUAUGGAGUAUUAUGAGGAAGGGGAUGGGGGUGAUGACGGUGAUCGGGAUGGGAAUGUAGCGGGCAGUGGUGGAGCGUUCAUAUGGCCGUGCCGCUGUGGCGGGCGAUACAUUGUGCGCGAGCAGGAAUUGGAGGAGGGCGUGGAUGAAGUGAUGUGUUCGACGUGCUCGCUUCGAAUCCGUGUGCUAUACCGAGUGGUCGACGACGCGGACGAUGACGACAAUGGAGCCGAAGUCAAUGGAAGCGCCAGGCCUUGA